AUGUCAAAAUUCUACAUUCUUGCUUUUCUUCUUCUUCUUCUCUUAAAUGCAAAUCAUGUAUUCUCCCAUACAAAAGGCAUUAGACCCAAGAGAUUUGAUCAGUUCUUGACGCCAAACACAACACAAGUUGAAUUAUCAGAGACCCAAUUCAUGAAAUGGGUUGAAUUUGUUGGAACACUCAAGCAUUCACUCUUUAAACCCUCUAAAAACAAAGUCUUUCCUUCUUUUAGUCUCACCGUCGACAAGAAUCCGGCCACCGGAGACUUUACAUCAAUUCAAGAUGCUAUUGAUUCUCUCCCUACUGUUAAUCUUAUCAGAGUUGUCAUUAAAGUCCAUGCAGGAGUUUAUAAGGAGAAGGUAAUUAUUCCUGCAAUGAAAUCAUUUAUAUCAAUUGAAGGAGAUGGAGCUGAUAAAACCAUUGUUGAAUGGGGAGAUACAGCUCAAACAAUUGGUCCUAAUGGGAAACCUUUAGGGACUUUUGGAUCAGCCACUUUUGCUAUCAAUUCUCCUUUUUUCAUAGCUAGAAACAUCACAUUCAAGAACCCAACUCCGGUGCCGGAGCCGGGGGCAAUAGGGAAGCAGGCGGUGGCGUUGAGAAUAUCAGGGGAUAAUGCAGCUUUUUAUGGGUGUAAGUUUUUGGGUGCUCAAGAUACACUUUAUGAUCAACUUGGAAGGCAUUAUUACAAAGAUUGCUAUAUUGAGGGCUCUGUUGAUUUCAUCUUUGGCAAUGGCCUUGCUCUUUUUGAGGAGUGUCACGUUCAUGCGAUAGCCCAAAGAAUGGGGGCAGUGACGGCACAAGGGAGAAGUAACAUGCUUGAGGACACGGGUUUCUCAUUCGUCAAUUGUAAGGUAACCGGUUCGGGCGCCCUUUAUCUAGGGAGAGCAUGGGGGCCUUUCUCUAGAGUUGUCUUCGCCAAUACUUAUAUGGACGAUAUAAUCAUUCCGAAAGGAUGGUUUAAUUGGGGCGAUCCUACACGCGAAAUGACUGUGUUUUAUGGGCAGUACAAGUGUACAGGACCCGGGGCAAGGUUUGCAGGUAGGGUUUCAUGGUCAAGAGAACUCACUGAUGAAGAAGCUCAGCCGUUCAUCUCUUUAGGUUUCAUCGACGGCUCUGAAUGGGUCAAAUCUUAAUUUCUUGUUUGUAUAUACUCAGACUCAAAU